CUUUCAUUGGUGACGAGGUAACCGAGGGGAAGUUCUGGAUCUACAUACUCUAAAAUAGAAAUCAGACAAACUAUCAAACUUUUGACGAAGUCUUUCUUUCACUUCCCGACAGCCUGUUUUGAAACUUUGGCUGCUCUUGUCGCUGACACAAUGUCUUCGCAGUUCAACAGAGGUCCAGCAUACGGGUUUUCAGCGGAAGUGAAAAGCAAGAUUGCACAGAAGUAUGACCCUCAGAAAGAGGAAGAAUUACGUAUUUGGAUCGAGGACAUUACUGGGCGCUCAAUUGGAGAUGACUUUCAGAAAGGGUUAAAAAAUGGUGUCAUACUCUGCGAGCUCAUAAACAAACUUCAACCAGGGUCUAUUAAAAAGAUCAGCCAGUCGUCGCAAAACUGGCAUCAGCUGGAGAACCUGACCAACUUCAUUAAAGCGAUCACCACCUACGGACUCAAACCACACGAUAUUUUUGAAGCCAAUGAUCUGUUUGAGAAUGGAAAUAUGACACAGGUUCAGACCACCCUCCUGGCUCUUGCUGGCAUGGCUAAAACCAAGGGCAUCCACUCAAGUGUAGACAUUGGAGUGAAAUAUGCAGAGAGACAGGAGAGGGCAUUUGAUGAAGAGAAAAUGAAAGCCGGGCAAUGUGUCAUUGGAUUACAGAUGGGAACAAAUAAAUGUGCAAGUCAAGCUGGAAUGAAUGCCUAUGGCACCAGAAGACACCUGUACGAUGCCAAGGCACACAUUCUACCACCAAUGGACCAUUCAACCAUCAGUCUUCAGAUGGGAACCAACAAGGGUGCUAGCCAGGCUGGUAUGACAGCUCCAGGGACCCGCCGUGCCAUCUACGACCAGAAAUUAGGCACAGAUAAGUGUGACAACUCCACAAUGUCUCUCAUGGGGUAUACUCAAGGCGCCAACCAGAGCGGGCAGAAUUUCGGGCUUGGCCGUCAGAUCUAUGAUGCCAAAUACUGUCCCCAAGGUGCACCCAGUGCAAGUGGAGAAGGUGACACUGGCUACACGGAUUACCAAGACGAGGGAUACCAGGGUUAUCAGGAUGAUGGUCAAGAUUACUGAAUCAACCAAUCGUAGGUUAGGAGUCUGAAUGAGAAGCUAAAGGAAAGCUGAUACUUACUUGCAAACAAAAGACCCAAAACAUUCCAUUAUACCACAGUAAGUGUGCCAUCUGUCGGAUGAAAGUGACCAAUAUGAAAAUAUCACUUAGUUUUAACUAUAUACAUGUUCUUUUCAUAAACAUUGUUUUGUUUAUUUGAAGCAAGAGCCCUACAAAACAUAUCAGUUAAAUGUUAUUGUAUUGAUGCUUCUUGUAUUUUAUAUGGUUCAUAUGACAGUCUUUUAAUUGCACAACCACUAUAAUAAUAUUUAGUAUUUGCUUAAUUAUUCAGUUUAAUGUAGUUUUUAUUUGAUUUUUUUAUUCAUUGAAAAUGCUGAUUUCUUCUUUGAUGUUAAACACAAGUAUGACAGGGGUUAUUGUAAAGUUUUUCACAUAAUCCCAAAUAAUGAUUUGUAUUUUUUUUUUUUCUGUUCUAAUCAUGCUGUUGUGAAGAAAUUCAAUAUUAAGUAUAUACGAGAAAGAGCGUUACGUGAGCCUGAUUCAUUAUUUGAAUAUAGAACAUGCUCAGGGGUUUAAAAUCACUUUUUCUUGUCAGUCGAGCAUGUGAAGGUGAAUUUUUGCUGUUACAGUUUAAAGAUGCAAAGUUAAAAUAGUGAGGGUUUAGAUAAGGUGAACCUUUACUGCAUUUAUGUGGUCAAUUGUAUUAAUUUAAGAGCUUUUUUCCCCAGUAAUAUUUUGUUAUUGUAUUUCUAGGCUGGAAAUUGAGAGCACAUGCACAAAAAGGAAGGGUUCAUCUAUAAUUUCAGCAGCAUUUUUUAGUCAGUUCUGCUUUUGACAUUCUAAAAAUUAUACUUCCUUGCUUGAUGUGAGGAUAUGAAUGUUUUUAUUUUUUUUAUGUUUUAUAAUACACUUUACUGUCUCAUGCAAUCUGUAAUGUGUUUUAAAGAGUUAAUCUUUGUAUUAGUGUUUCAUAUUCUCAUCAAAUAUUUUACCAUUUGCAGAGCCAGAAAAACUGGAGCUUGUCUUGUUUUCUUUGGAUUAUAGUAUUGUGAAAGGAAAUUGAAGUAUAACAUUGUGAGCCUUGAACAUUCCAAAUUAGGAACUAGAUUCAGUACUUUUUUCCACAGUAUUUGUUCUCAUUCCAAAUGACCCUUUGUACUUAACAUUGGAAAUUUUAGGUCUGCUCAAAUAAAUCACAUAAAUAAAUGAA